AUGUUUAAUCAUAGGUAUCAAUAUGGACCUUCUGGACAGACAGGGGUUCCAGGAUUUCAUUCACAGGGUACCUUUACUAAUAAUGGAAAAUCAUUUGAUAAUAAUCAAGUAACAGGAAAUAAUAUUUUACCACAACAUAUUAUAUCAACUAAAAAUGGUACUUCUACAUAUUGUAUAGAUACCUCUGACUCAUUAAAUUUACAGAAUGGAAAACAUUAUAAAGAAAAAUUAUCAUGUAUUAGAGAAGAUUUAAAAGCAUUUGAACAACAGACAAAUUAUUCAAUAACCAAUCAUACACCAUACCAAAAUCCGGUAAAAAAUAUUCAAUUUCCAGGUUACUCUCGGUCAUCAACAACUAAUCAAAGACCAUCUCCACCAUCAUCAUCAUCAUCAGCAACAACAACAACAAAUUAUGGUGAUAGUAAUAAUAGUAGAGAUACCCAAAAAAGUAUGAUUAAUUAUUUAACAUCAAUGGGAUAUAAUGAAGUUGAUGCUAUAUGUGCACUUAAUUUAGUAAAAUAUUCAUCAGUAACUGCUGCAGCAAAUUUAUUAAUAUCAAUAGAAAAAAAUAAAGGUAAUGAAGAUAUUAAUAAUGGUGUAUAUAAUAAUAAUAUUCAUACAUCUAUAAUUAAUGUACCAAGUAAUGGUAAGGUAUACCUACCACCACCACUACCACCACUUUCAUCAGUACAGUCACAACAGUCUGGUAAUAAUAUAACAUUAUCAGCACCACCAUCAGCAGCAGCAGCAACAACAACACCAUCACAAUUACCACUACCAGCAUCAUCAUCAUCAUCAACAACAACAGCAACAACAACAUCAACAUCAACUACUGCAUAUCCGGUGAAUAGUAUUGAAGAAAAUGGUAAUUGUGAUGGAAGCUAUCAGGAAUAUAAUAAAAGAAUUCCUUUAUAUUGUCAAUAUCAAAAUAAUUAUUAUUAUAAUGAAUGUCUUGAUAAACAGACAUCUCAAAGAACAGGGACUGUCAUAUCAAUAGAACAAGGAAGUAGUAAUAAUUUAUCAUUAUCAAAUUAUAAAUCACCAAUUAAUAGUAAUGAUAUAAGAAAAGUACAUUCAUCCAGAAUUCCUACAACACCUGAUCAACAACAUCAAAAAAAUGCUACAUAUAAUAAUAUAGAGGUUAAAAGAAGUGACUCUUAUAAAAUACCAACAACAAAUAAUACAAGAAAUAUUAAUUUAAUAAAAAUGCAUCAACAAUCAUCAUUUGGAAAUGGAUCAACAAAUUUACCAAAACAACAAUCAUUAACUACUUCUUCUUCUUCAACUACUACUACUACUACAACUACAUCAACUACUACCUCAUCAUCAGGAAAUUUUAAUAGAAAUUCACCAUCAUUACAUAAUAAUAUUGUUAAUAAUAAUCGUGGUAUUCAAAGUAUUAUUGUUAAUCCUGAUGUAACACCAGAUCUUGAAAAAGAAUUAGAUAAAAUAUGUAAAGUAGUUACAAGAUUACCAUUAAUAAAUAGUACAAGUCUUGAUAUACCAUUAACAUCAUCACCAUCUGAUGAUAAUAAUUAUUAUAAUAAAGAAGAAAGAAGAAAAAGUAGUGGUAAUUUUGAAAGAAAUAUUGGUAAAAGAAAAGUUAUACGUAGUUUAUCACCACUUCCUGAAUCAGUUAAUAAUCGCCUCAAAAAUAAUAUAUUUGAAAGUAAUAUAAGGCAUUGUAAAGCUGGUAUGUUUAGAUUUUUUAUGGAACAACAUAUUGAAAAAUUAAUUCAACAAUAUAAAGAAAGAAAUCAAAGAGCAAUACAAUUGAUGAGUGAAAUGGAACAAGCUGAUUUACCAGAAAGAUUAAAAAAACAAUUAUUAAAAUUUUUACAUCAAAAAGAAUCAAAAUAUAUAAGAUUAAAAAGGCAAAGAAUGAAUGUUGGAAUGUUUGAUAUACUUAAACAUAUUGGUGUUGGUGCAUUUGGUAAAGUAUCAUUAGUUAAAAAAAAAGAUACAGGACAAGUUUAUGCAAUGAAAACUUUAGUUAAAACUGAAGUUAUUCAAAAACAACAAGCUGCACAUGUUAAAGCUGAAAGAGAUAUAUUAGCUGAAGCUAAUAGUCCAUGGAUUGUUAAAUUAUUUUUUAGUUUCCAGGAUAGUUGUAAUUUAUAUUUUAUUAUGGAAUAUGUUCCUGGUGGUGAUAUGAUGCAAUUAUUAAUAAAUAAAGGAAUAUUUAAUGAAAGUUUAGCUAGAUUUUAUAUUGCUGAAUUAACAUGUGCCAUUGAGUAUGUUCAUAGUUUAGGAUUUAUUCAUAGAGAUAUUAAACCUGAUAAUAUAUUAAUUGAUAAAUUAGGACAUAUAAAAUUAACUGAUUUUGGAUUAUGUACAGGAUUAAGGUGGACACAUGAUAAAAGACAUUAUGUUAUAGCUGAAAAUGGUGAAAUUCCUGAACAUAUGAGAAGUGAUUCAUUUAAUCUUUCUAAUGGUGGAAAUUGGAAAGAACCUAUUAAAGUAUUAGAACAAAGAUAUGCUAAUAAAAGAAAUCAGGCUCAUUCAGUUGUUGGAACAUCUAAUUAUAUGGCACCAGAAGUUAUAUUAAAAAUAGGUCAUACUAAAGCAUGUGAUUGGUGGUCUGUUGGUGUUAUACUUUAUGAAAUGGUUCUUGGUAGGCCACCAUUUAUGUCACAAACAGAAGAUCCAAGAGAAACGCAAUAUAAAAUUGUUAAUUGGAAACAUUAUCUUAAUUUAGUUGAUCAUACUGGAAAAUUAUCAAAAGAAUGUUUAAAUAUGAUAAAAAAUUUAUGUCGUGAUCAAGAAAGUAGACUUGGAAAAAAUGGUGCUAAUGAAAUAAAAAAAGAUUCAUGGUUUAAUGGAAUUGAUUUUAAUACACUUAGAAGUAGAAAAGCAGAAUGGAUACCAAAAGUUGAUCAUGCUGAGGAUACAUCUAAUUUUGAUGAUAUAAAAUUUGAAGAUGAUAUAUUUGGUGGUGAUUUACCACCACAAUUUGUAAAUAAUCCAGCUUUUUAUGAAUUUACCUAUAGACAUUUCUUUGAUCUUGAAGGACAAGGUCCAAUGUCUGGUGGUAGAAUAUACCAUUCUCAUAAAAGAGCUCCAUUAAGUAAUAUUGAGGGGAUGUCUACAAUAAUGACAAUCCAUGAAAAUAGUAAUAAUGAUAAAGGAUCAUUUAAUAAUACAAAAGAAAGUCAAAAAAUUAGUAGUAAUUUCACCAGAACAACAACAUCAUUCUCCCCAGGUAAAGAAUCUCCAAUAGCAAAUAAUAUUAUUGGAGGACUUGGUACUGAAAACCAGGGAAAAAUAAUAACUAAUAUAAAUAAUUCUUUUCAAAAUCCUAAAAUGUUAAAUGGUGGAUUAUUGACAUGUAAUGUUUCCGGAAAUGGUGGAAGUAGAUUAAAUGGUUUUCAUCUUCUCAAACACCAUCAAAAAUAUAAACUUUCAAGUGCCAUAAGGACACCUUCAAUGGGUAGGAAAGGAGAAAGAAUAGAAGGAAGAAAAAAUGAAGUAAUAAAAGAAGAUGACUCUUAUGAAAGUGAUCCUUCAGAAAUGAAGGUUUAA